GUCAACUUCAGUGUCAGUUGCUAUGGCAACCAUCUUGUUUAUUAUUCUCACGAGAACUGAAUGAAUAUACACGCGCAAACAAUGGCUGAUGAUUUAUUAAUAAAAGAAAAAGAAUUUCGCCGGAUAAAUAAAGAGCUUGAAUCAAAAACUCAUAAACUUUUGGAAGAAAUAGAUACAGUGAUUAAUAAUAAUCAUAAAAAUAAUUUUGAAACAGAAAUUGUCAAAUUUCGGACGCAGUCGGCUUUUAAUUUUUUUAAUUCGGAGUACAAGUCAGCUGAGAAUCAAGAAAUUAAAAAUGACAGAAGAGAUGAUUUUGAUUAUGAAGAAGAGAUUUUUUCAUUAAAAAGUGAAAAUAAAAAAAAUCAAGAUGUUAUUAUUAAAUUUUUAAAAGCCAAAAUUAAAUUGCUGACAGGUGAAGUUGAUAUUCUUAAGGAUGAUUUAAAAAAAAAGUGUGAUUUAAUCCGAGAUUUAGAGAAUAAUAAUAAGAAGAUAAGUGAGUGUAAAGAAAAGUUAGUGACACAAAUAAAUAAUUUAAAAGAUAAUAUUGGCAAGUUGGAAAAUAAUAUUAGUACUCAACAAAAUGACAUACAGGCGCAUUUAAAUGAAAAUAAUUCAUUGAAAAAAGAAAUUCAAAAACUUAACAAAGAAAUCAAAAGUACGACGCAGCAGAUAAAUAUUUUAGAUUUAAGACUGAACCGUUCGUUGGAAGACAAUGAAAAAUUGAAGAACAGUCUCAAGUCGAGUAAAAACGAAGAAAGAAAUAAUGUAAAUAAAAUACGGAAGCUUGAAGAUCAUAUUAAAGUGAUAACAAAAAAUAAUGAAAGGUUGAGACAAGAAUUGGUGCAAGCUUUCAGGAAACAAAGUUUGCUAGUGGAUAAUUUGAAGAAACAAAAAGCUUAUUUAGAGACAACAAGACAAGUUGAACUCACGCGUGAUGAUUUCUUAAAGAUAAUUAAGGCGUACGUGUAAUAAAAAUUAAGUUA